CUUUCUUAUUUUCAUCUUUUCGUCGUCGUUCGCCUUCACCAUGCAUGUCUCGCUCAUGCAGAAACUUCCGAUGCCGCAGGUAUCGAACGUCUUUUACCCGUUCAACACUAGUCUCGAGGAGGAGAUCAAGAGAUUGUUCGCCAAUUUCACGAUCGAAACUCAGAGCACACCUCCUCCGGAUGUCGAGGACGUAAUGGAGGAAUUCCGUCAUAAUGGGCGUGAUUUUGAAUACUGUCCAGAUCUGGACAAUGAUAUAAUACCAGAAACGACACCACGUCGUAAGAAGAACAAGAAACCCUUGCCCACAGAAUGCGUUUUCUGUAGAAACAAUGGCGAAGAGGAAGCUUAUUACCGGAAACAUUUGCUGAAAGACGCUGAUGGCCGUGUCUGCUGUCCAGUUUUGAGGGCCUACACGUGUCCAAUUUGUGGCGCGUACGGAGACGUGGCACACACGGUUAAGUAUUGCCCGAAGAGUCCAAAGAAUCCAGGAACGUUGACGACGGUGAACGCAUUCAAGCUGUUAAGAAACUCCAUGGGCAAACGACGCGUCAAGUAAAACGCACAUGGCGCUGGAACCGGAACGUGUAAUCAUCGUCGUGCCAUAAAACAUUACAAAUAUCUGCUGUAUUCUUUGAGAACUUUGAAGUGGUACUUCAAAGUUCAGCGAUUCGAGCAUUUCGGUAUCAUCUGCUGACAGGUAAUCUUUACCGUCGCGCACCUUUCCAAUUGAACAUACCAAAUAUUGAAAACGAACGAAGUGCCUUACAGGAAUAUAAGUUCCAGCUAUUGGCAACGACUUGUGCAACAAAGUUGCCAUUACGUUGAGUAGCCGCGCUGGAAUUUCUUUCACUCGACUAUCUUUGAUUUCCUCUUUCUCACAUCGUAUUUAUUUCUUCUCAUUCAGUGCAAUACGUCCUGGAAAGGAAAUUAGAGAAAGUGUGAGAAUCGUUUAACUUGUAAAAUGAAUCGAGAGGCUGGAUCCAAAGAUCUUAUUGCUGUAGGAAUUUACAGGCUUUUAUAGUUGUAGGGAUUAUUUAUAUAUGAAAUGUGCCAUAUAUUCUCACCAAACUUGUUUUCCCGCAACAAAUUUCUUCCAUGUGAUAUUACGAAGAAAUAUCUAUUCGUAAAUGAAUGUAAUUUUACCGGUUUUCUCGAGCCAGCACUUGAUACGAGAAUUUCUUCUCUUUUUCCCCCUUUUUUUUUCUCUUCCUUUUUAUUCAUGUAAGUUUACACGCAUUGACAAUAACGUCUUAAGAUUAUACUUCAACGAAUUUUUACGCCGAUGUGAAAACGAGUUGAUGAACGUGAUUGGUUGAAACAAAUACUGUGAUAAUGUUAAUAAGGAGAAGUUCUUAUAAGAGAUUUUACGCAACAGCCAAUAAGUAUGAUUAAACAAAAUUAAACUUAUUGUUCAGAAUUGUAGACCACACAUUGACCGUACGUAAAUCGUUUAACAAAAGCAGAUCACGUUUUCCAAUCUUAAAAGUUUGGAGCGAAAAUUCUUUUAUCGAGACACGUCAAUUGACAGAGAGUAUACUAUAAUACUUAAUUGAGUUGAAACGAAACGAUGCAAUUCUUACACUAGAUCAUAAUUCUGACUUUAAGCAUUUACGCAGUUUUACUUAUCUAUACCAAAUGUAACGUAGAGACUGCGUUUGUACUUUACUAACGUUUAUCCGAAAUCAUAAAAGUAUUUUUUUUUUUUUUAAGGCCAACUUCUCUUAAACGAUCGAAAAGAGAGACCAAUACUUGAUUAUUCAAUAACGAUU